CAUUGAAAAAAUAAAAUUGUUGACAAUUACUUAAAGAUUAUAAUAACAUCAUUGCAAUUUUCUUCAAUCUAUUUGUCCAAUCAAAAAGAGUCAUUGCUCAGCAUUUUAAUCGAAUAAUGGGCUUGACGAAAUUAUUAAUUGCACGAAUUCACGAACGUAAGGAUUGUGACUGUGUGACUGAACUUUUUAAAGUGGAAUAUUACAAGUCGAUAAAAACUAAAGAAACUAUCAGUAAAGCUCUACCAAAUUUUGAAUUCAGCCAAAAAUAAUUAAAAAUUAAAUUGCAACAAUGAAGACAAGCCCAGCCAAGAUCAUCCUCAUUAUUGGUUCAAUCAUAGCAUUAAUUUUUCUUUCAAGUUCCUGCGGUGGAAAUGCGUGGAUAAAGUCUCCAAAGUCCACCUUGGGUUUGUGGAAGGGCUGUGUAGAAAUUAAUUCGCAAAAUGUUUGCUUAAAACUACCAAAUUCAGUAGUAGAAAAAUACGGACUUGGACUGUUAAGGGGUCUUUUGAUUGUUGCUGUUCUUGCAAGCAUUUGUGCGGUCGCCAUGAGUGUUUUAACGCUCUUCACUGGACGUUUUGCUGGAUUUGCUGCCGCUAUUUUUCUCAUCGUAGCUGGCGUCACAUCAGUUUCGGCUGUUAUCAUUUUUAUUGAAACAAGAAAGUUAUUUCUUAUUGGUGGACUUGAUCUAAACGAAUUAAUCCCCUUUUCAUGGAGCUACAUCAUGGGAUGGAUUGGAGCAAUUGUAUGCUUCUUAUCUACCUUGUGUGGAUUUUACAUUAGUUGUAUAGAGCAGCAGGAUUAACGACGUCACGAAAACACUAUCGCAACAAACUUUUGAAAUGUUCAUUUUUUUUAACUUUCCAUUGUUAUACCUUUAUUAGGUUUUAUUGAGAUGUUAAUUUGUAAGGUGCAUUUCGUUAAUUAAAAUUCGUAUAAAAAACUUGAGUUCUA